AUGCGUCGCAAGGUUGGCACAGGCACUGCGUCGCGUGCUGUGGGCACAGCUUCUGGCCCAACCCCGGUUUCGUCGGCCUUCACCACCCCUCUCAGCUCGGCAUAUCCCUCCACCCAUACCUCAGAAGCCGAGUACGAUAUCACCGACGAGGUGGCCAAGCUGUCCCUUGGUGCCGACCAUGUCGGGACCGCCUUGAGCACACCUAAGUCAAAGCGAGUCAAGCAGCGACCAUUUCGUUUUCUUGAGCUCCCCUCCGAACUGCGUCUCAAGGUCUAUGAGUACCAUUUCGCCAACACCGGUGAUGUUCUGGACCUUGAUCCUGACAACUACAAGCGCAUCCAUCAGAAACUGGCCAUACUACGAGUCUGCCGCACCAUCUACAGAGAGGCAUCAUACUUCUUCUACAGCACCCACUCAGUUCGUGUCUUCCCGACCCAUCCCGGACGUUUCUUCAAGACCAAGAAGCCGCUUCUGGCACGCAUGAAACCAGGACAGAGGGCGUCUAUCAAUUGCCUUGAGCUUCGUCUUGGCCCUGGCUGGAGUAAGCCCCCUCGUGGAUGGGUGGUGAACCCGGCACUGGGACUGAAUGAGUGCAUCAGCGUCACCAAGCUCAACGUCUUCGUCGAAUGCGAUCCUGGCAACGAUAUUUUCAAAGGCUUUCGCCAACCAAAUGGAUUCUUCGAAAACUUCUCCAAGUCACUUCUCACCGCCAUUCUUGAUGAGAUGCCCUGGGUCGAGCGGAUCGAGUUUGAUGCAUGGCCCAGCGUUAAGAAAUCCGGUGUCCUGAUGUCAGGUUUGAUUGAGCUGUCAACUUCGAGAGGAUUGAGAAUCACUUGGGGGUCAGAACGGGGGUGGAGUGAUGCUGAGGAGGUUGAGCCGGUGCCUGUCGUCCAGAACUAUGCACCUCUCCUCGUCAAUUCUGGGAGCCACAACAUCUUGGUCGUGGCAUAG